CCGAGCGCUGUGCGAAGGCAGCACAGCACAGCGGAGGACAAUUUAGCACCAGUCUCCAAGAGCUAUCUUUGGCCGCUAUUGUGCGAGCAGUCUCGACACAUGCAGGUCGAUGUAGCGACAGCGACACGGAGGUCUUUUGGCGGCAUUACCAAGGCACGACAGGCCAGUAGUGGUCUGCCGACAGCCCAUCAAACGCAAGCACCACUCAAAUAUCACGUCCGAAGACGAUGGCUGGCGUCAGAGACGCGCAAUACGCAUGCGUGCCAGCCAGAGGGGAGUGUGAUGCAGACCCGCAGGCCCUGCGGCGGCCCGGCGGCGGCGGUGCCGCUGGAGGCGGAGGUUCCUACACGCCCUGCAGCCCGGCGAUAGAUCAGGGCCUGACACACCUGGCCGAGCAGCUGGCGGCCGCAGGGCGGGAGGCACUCGCAACCGCUGGGGCAGGGAGCGCAGCAGGGGCAGGAGCCUGGGCGGAAGCUAGGGCAGGAAAGGGGGCACCAGCAGGCGGCGCCUGGCCGCGGCUGGCGUCUCUGGACCUGACGGACUGUGCGCCUGCACGAGGGACCGGGCUCGGCACGCUCGGCACCCCGCCGCUCGUGCGGCCCGAACUCGGUGCUCGUGUUGCGAUUGGAGGUGACUUGGGUCAAAGCGGAGCUUUCGGGGCCGCGCGACUACCACCUUUCUUCAUCACCUACUCCGCACCCUCGGCCUCGCCCGACGGGGCCUCGCUGGCGAGGGCGCAGGCAUGUGGACCCAGCCGUGCACGUGUGCCUGGCUCGGCCUUCUCCCGCCCCACAACGGGCGCAUGCCGACCCGCAGCGGGGCCCUCAAGCGCCUCAUACAUCUUCCUCGGGCCUCGACAUGAGGCGCUGCAGCGUGGCGCCACCAUCGGCCGCACUACCGGUACUGACGCGGAUGGGUGUAGCAGCCGCGACGGUCUGGGCAGUAGCAGCAGCCCUGGUGCCGGCAGCAGUGUCGCUAUCGGUGCCGGUGGCGGUGGCGGCGGCACUGGCGGGCUUAGGUCAUUGUGUCUGGGUGGCACGGCGGCGGGCGAGGCGGCUCUGCGGGCGGUGUCGGGUCUGACACGGCUGGCUGGAGCUGCAGGGCCGUCGGGGCGUGGCUGACCUGGCAGUGUUGCAGGCUCUGGAGCACUGCUCCGAUUUGCGCGUGCUCAAGCUAUCGGGCUG